ACUCAGGAAGGCAAACCCUCCUUUGAAAAAGUUGAAGCUGCUCCAGAGAGUCUCCCUGGAAAGAAGACAGAGGCCCAGUCUUCAGAAUCUUCAUGCACAAAAGCCUCAUUUACUGUGUCCACCCUUUUAGAAAAUUUCCCAAAAAGGCAAACUUGGGAAAAGAAGGGCACAGCAGCCUGUGCUGAGAUGGCUUGGGUUUCAGAGGCCCAAGCUUUGGAGGCCCGAGCUGGGGAGGCUCAGGCCUGGGAGGCUCAGGCUUGUAAGAUUCAGGGCAGGUUCAACCAGCUCAGACAAACCUCUUCUUUGGAGGUGGAAACUGCCCAAAUCCUGAAACAGGAACCCGUACCUGAGAAGGUGCCAGAGAAAGAAAAGAGUGAGGACUUCUUCACCCGUCCACUCUGGUCCAACAAGGUUGAGUACAUCAUGGCCCAGGUGGGCUAUUCCAUGAGGACACUCCAUAUUUGGCGUUUUAUCUACAUGUGGCUUCAUCAUGGAGGGUGUUUUCUCAUCAUGUACUCCAUCUUGCAUUUCUUGGUCGGGGUUCCUCUCCUCUUGCUGGAGAUGGCAGCUGGUCAGAGGAUGCGUCAGGGCAACAUUGGUGUAUGGAAGAUCAUCAGCCCCUGGAUCGGUGGGGUGGGGUAUACCAGCUUCAUGGUGUGCUUCAUUUCCGGCUUGUACUUUAAUGUGUUGAAUGCCUGGACCAUCACCUACGUGGGCGAGUCCUUCCAGAUUCCUGUUUCAUGGGGGCACUGUCCCCUACUGAUGAACUCCAGUGACUUUGAUCCUGAAUGUGUGAAGACAACACCCUCCAUGUACUUCUGGUACCGGAUGGCCUUGAAGGUGUCAGACUCAAUUGAGGAUGGUGGGUCACUAAUCGUCAGUCUGAUCCUGCCCUUUUUGGUGUCUUGGUGUCUUGUUGGUGUUUUCAUGAUUAAUGGGCUCAAGUGCAUCGGGAAGGUAAUGUGUGUCUUGGUACCAGUGCCCUAUUUCAUCAUGCUUUGUUUCCUCAUCCGGAGUCUGCUGCUGGAUGGGGCAUUUUUGGGCCUUCGCCAUAUGGCAGCUGCCAAGAUAUCGAUUAUGUACAGCAUGACUGUGUGGUGCCAAACAGGGGUCCAAGUCUUGUUUGGCUUGGGUCUCGGCUAUGGCGUCAUUGUCUCCUUAUCUUCGCACAUGCACCUGUCCAACAACUGUCUCAGUGAUGCCUUUAUUGUGGCGCUCAUCAACCUGGGCUCCAUGGUUAUUUGCACAACUUUUAUCUUCUGUAUCCUGGGCUUCUGGGCCACUGUCAUCACACACCGCUGCAGUGAGAAGAAUGUUGAAACACUUUCAAGGCUGGUAAUCCUCGGGGAACUGCCUCCUGAGGCCCAGCCCCCUUCAAACCUGCUUGAUAACCCGACCUCCAUCUUCACCUCCUGGCUCAACAGUCUUCCCCCUUCCAUCAAGAGCAUAGUCGUUAACCAUGUGCCUGAGUGCAACUUAGAGAAGCAGUUUUUGAAGAUUAAGGAGGGUACAAGCUUUGUAUUCCUGUCCUUCAUUGAAGCCAUGUCAUUCAUUCCUGCGUCUGUCUCAUGGUCCAUCCUCUUCUUCCUGAUGUUGCUCAUGCUAGGGCUGAGCCUCAUGAUAGGGACCUUGCAGGGCAUCAUUACUCCACUCCAGGACACCUUUUCUUCCUUCAGGAAACAUCCAAAGCUGCUUACAGUGGUUGUCUCUGUGCUCAUGUUCCUGUGUGGCCUCUUCUUCAUUCGACCUUCAGGCCUCUACUACAUAAGACUGCUGAAUCAGUACUGGGUGGUCCUACCCAUAAUCCUCAUCAUCACACUUGAAAACAUGGCUGUGGGCUGGGCCUAUGGGGCCAAGAGGCUCCUUGCAGACUUGAGGAUUCUGUGUAACCAUCCCGUCCAUCCCAUCUUUCGCUGGUUGUGGUGCUAUCUGUCUCCAGUUGUGCUGCUAGUCCUAUUUGCAGCCACUCUGUUACUUCUGACUCUGAAGACCCUGACCUAUGUGGCCUGGGACUCAAGCAGUUCAAAAGAGGUGCUUCGACAAUACCCACCAUGGGCGCAUAUCCUGCUGAUUGUCCUGUCUCUCAUUGCCAUCCUCCCCAUCCCCACAUACUUUGUGUACUGCCUCACCCAUGGCAUUCCCUUCAAAUCCUCGAGUUUGAAUCAGUCUAUCAUAUCCUCCACAUCUUUAUCCCUAAGUAUGCAUCUAAUGCCCAUUAAAGAGGUCCAAAAGGAGGAAAUCCUGCAAGGUGAUAAUCAAAUUUCUGAUUAACCUGUUGUGUGGCUUCCUAACAUCAUUCACGUGGCCUGACAUCACACAUCCCUCAAAACAGCUCUACCAAGCAACUCUUUGAUACCGACUUGCAACUGUUGAUGUCCUUGGACCCAGAACUCCUUUUAUUCCCAAGGGUAGCAGCAUUAUUUGGGGCGCUCUUGGGGCCUGGCUUGGCAUCCUCCUUCCUAGGCCCCUCUGGUUGCCACCAUCAUUGGAUUUUCCCCAUCCCCUUCCUCAUAUACAUUCAUCGUCAGUGAUGCCAACCAAACCUGCCUCUUAACUGGUCUGCCCAGCUCCUGGAAUGGAGCUGGAGGAGUAAUUCUGUUGUUAAUAAAUCAAUUCACUGGGACUACAAGCACCGGGUGUGAGC